AUCGUUUUUCGGUUGCUCUGGUGGCUUUCAGAAAAUAAUACAGCGCCCGCACAGGUGGAAGCAAAGUGUGUAGUGUACAAUUUACAAUUGCGCAAAAUCAUUGCGAUUAGUUUUCGUAUUACUUUCGUGGUGCUAGUUAAUAAAUGUUUUGUGUUUCUGUGGUCCGAAAAAGCGGACAAUGGCGGAUAACAUCACUGUAUCGAUCAAGGUUCGACCGUUGAUCAAACGGGAAAAGGAUCAGAAACUGUCAUCGCAAUGGCGGAUCCGGGACAACACGAUCGCCAACGUUGAUGGGAACGGAGAACCGUUUGUGUUCGAUCACAUCUUCGAUGAAACGAUUCGCACCAAGGAACUGUUCGAAUGCGUUUGUCGGCCGAUCUUGCUAUCUGCACUGAACGGUAUAAAUGGGACGAUCUUUGCGUACGGCCAGACCUCGUCUGGGAAAACCUACACCAUGAUGGGGGACGAACAGGAAUUGGGAGUGGUUCCGCUAACCGCGCGGGAGAUUUUCAAGGAGAUUGAAAACAGCCGAGAUCGCCAGUUCCUCAUUCGGGUUGGCUACAUAGAGAUUUACAACGAGAAAAUCUUCGAUUUACUGGAUAAGAGUAAUGCGAAUCUGAAGAUUUUCGAGAAUGCUUGCGGCGAUGUAACGCUGAAUUACAAAGAAGUAAUCACAAACUGCCCGGAACAGAUAAUGCAACAUUUGGAAGAGGGCAAUAAGCUGAAACGAAUCGGCGAUACAAACAUGAAUGAGCGAUCGAGUCGCUCACAUACAAUAUUUCGGAUAACGAUAGAAUCCAGUGAUGUUGGAAGGACGGAAGGGGAUGAGAAUGAUGCGGUGCAGAUUAGUACACUGAACCUGGUGGAUUUGGCGGGAAGCGAAAGAGCCGAUCAAACGGGUGCUACCGGGUCAAGAUUAAAAGAGGGAGCUCACAUCAACAAGAGCUUGCUUUCGUUAAGCUGUGUCAUCCAGAAGCUUAGCGAGAAUGCAGAUAACUUGAAAUAUAUCAACUACCGUGAUUCGAAGUUGACCCGAAUACUACAGGCAUCGCUGGGUGGGAACGCUGUUACUUCUAUGAUCUGUAACAUUACUCCAGCGGCAUUGGAUGAAAGCUAUUACACACUAAGUUUUGCAAUGCGAGCCAAAACCAUAAAAAAUAAGCCUAUAGUCAAUGAAGUGAUCUCGGAAGCAGCUAUGAUGAAGCGACUGCAGCGUGAAAUAAAACGACUUCAAGAUGAAUUGAAAUCGGAGCAAAGUAAAAACAGCAAAAUUAAAACGUUGGAGUUGCAAAAUGCCAUCACAAUGCGUGCCAACCAGAUCAUCAAUUCUCAGACCCAUAUUCAAUUCGAUAAAUCUCGUCGACGCACCUGGUGUCCGUCAAGUUCGGGCAUUCCACGGCCGACGGGCUAUGUCGAGCAAGACAAUCGACUGAUGCCACCUCCACCGCCGUUCUUAUCCUCCAACACCACCACCGCCAGCGGGGAUGAAAAUUCUCCAGUUAUUCGUCCGGAACUGACUCAACGCGGCAAAUCGGACUUUCUUCUACGAAAGGUUAGAUCCGCUACACCGAAUCGGCACUUGAAGACCAUCGAGUUGCUGGACAACAGUGACGAAUUUAUCCCGGCCGAGCUGGUCGAUUUCGGCGAACGAUCACCGCAGAGCUUAGCCAGGGAAAUUCAUACGCCCAUUGGGUUCAAGACGAAUCGAAGAUCACGAAGAUCAUCCGCCGGGGAUUCGUCGGCUGAUUAUAUAGAUUAUGAGAAGAGGUGUAAAGAACUGGAGCAGGAGCUAAUCGAACUUCAGGAGUUUACUAAUUUGGAGAAAAACCUGGAUCUGGCUAACAUCAAGCAGCAGUUGCACUCUUGCGAAGAGAUUCGCGAUGAUCUCAAGGGUAGGGAUGAGCGAUUGGAGAUUUUGGAAGAACGCUGUAAGGACCUCGAAGAGGAACUGCGCCAGAAGAGUGAGCAAAUUUUUGACAUGGAAAAAGAGUUGAUUGUGGCUCGCAAGGAACGGGAGGCUGCUGUCAAAGAGGCGGAACAUUGUCGCAAUCUGCAGAACAGCGUCCAGGUCGAGUAUGAACUGUUCCAGCAGCGGGCAAAGAAUCGUGAAAAGGAACUGAUUGAGUGCCUGCAGGAGGCUCGCAACAGCAGUAGCAGCGAGAGGGGUGGUCCCGCUGAUAGUUACAAAAUGUUGGCAACGGUUCGAAAGGAACUUAAACAGCUGGAAGUACACAACUACGAACUACAGCUGCAACUAGAAACGCGUAACGUGGAGUUGGAAAAGCUGAAGAACGUUACUCAAGAGCAGACGGAGAAGGUUGGGAAAGUCAGGAAUGUGCUAGAGAAGGAUAUAUGCAGGAAGGAUGCGAAGAAGCUGUUUCGAAUUAUCACUAAACUGAGGGGGAUAUUAGCGGAAGAGGAUUUGCUGAUCAACACCAGUAUUGAUACGGAUGAUUUAGUCGAUAGCAUUGGAGAUGCCAGUUUUAGUGAAAGUUUGGAUCGGCAAUCGCCAACCAAAAUUGUGCUAACCAACGAGAACGGAAAUGCCAAUGUGAUUUACGAGGAGGAUAACAGUCAGAUGUUGGAUAUGAAUAUAGAGAACGGCGAAUUAAAGAAAAGAGUUAAGCUGCUGGAAAAUGAGAAUAAAGAGAUAAACCUUCUUCUGAAGAAGUGUGAGGCUGACAUCGAAGAACUAAGGAAAAAAGAGAUCUGUUUGAAGGAGAUGACUGAGCAGCUGGAGUUGGAACGUACCAAGUUUAGCGGUUUGAACAAGUGUUUCCAGGAUAAAAAGAGGGAAUUAGCUGAGAUGACCGCUGAAUACAAUGAGUUAUCGACUCAGGUGAUAGACUUAGUACAAGACAUCGAUGGGUAUAAGGAUCAAAUAGAGAGAUUGUCGCAAAAUGACAAGACAAACGAAGAAACUAUCAAAGUUCUUCAGUUGGAAAAGGAACAAUUAUCGAAAGAUUUGCUCGAAAUUGAAAAUGAAAUGGGACAUUUGAGAGCGAAGUUCGACCAGGAAGCCGAAGAGCAUGAUGGCUUAGUUAGGAAGAUGAAAGAUGAACUGCAGAAAAAGGCAGAAGAGCAAACAAAGGAGUUGAACGAUCAGGUGUCACGCUUUCAAAAGGAAUUAGAUGAGAAAUUGGAAAAAAUCCGAGAGGUUGAAGAGAAUAAUCAACGUUUAGAUCAACAAGAAGCGAAUUGGAAGGAACAGAUAUUAUCGAUCCAGAAUGAGCUUGAGCAGAAAUUAUUAUUGAUAAGAGAACUGGAAGAAACAAAGCAAAGGCUUAUUGAACAAGUGAAUGAAAUUCAGGAAAAGGAGGCAAGCGUAAAAGUAAAAUAUGAAGAAGAGCAGAAAGAAAAUGCGGAAAAGGAAAGCACAAUUACUGAACUUAGAAAAGAAGUCGAAAAACUGUUAGAACAUAAUUCUGCCACACAAAAUUCAUUAUUGCAUAUUCAAAACGUGUUAGACGAAAGAUCGGAAUUAGUCCGAGAACUUGAGGAGACUAAUCAACGAUUAAUUGAACAGGAAAAUAAAUGGAAGGAAGAGAUAUUGUCAGUUCAGAAGGAACUUGGAGAGAAGCUAAUCUUGAUUUCAGAACUGGAAGACACAAAGCAACAGCUUGAUCAACAAGUUAGCGAAAUGCGAAAAGAGAAGUUAAAUGUCGAAGUGAAAUACGAAAAGGAGAAGCAAGAAAAAACGUCGUUCAUAACGGAAAAGGAAAGCACAAUGGCCAACUUAAGCAAAGAAGUGGAGAAGCUAUUGGAACUUAAUUCUGUUACACAAAAAACGCUUUCGAAUGUUCAAAACCAGCUAGACGAGAAAUCGGAAAUAAUCCGAGAACUUGAGGAGACUAAUCAUCGACUGAAUGAACAAGAAAAGAAUUUGAAGGAACAGAUAAUGUCGGUUCAGAGUGAACUUGAAACAAAAUCAAUGUUGAUAGGAAAACUAGAAGAAACAAACCAACAGCUUAAUCAACAAAUUGGCGAACUUCGAGGGGACAAGAUUAACGCAGAAGUGAAAUACGAAGAGGAUAAUAAAGAGAAAGCUGCCGUCAUAUCGGAAAAAGAAAUCACAAUGUCUACACUAAGUAAAGAAGACGAAAAACUAUUUGAACUUAAUGCUGCCGCUGAAGAAACGGCAUCGCUUGUUCAAAAAGAGCUAGACGAUAAAUCGGACUUAAUUCGAGAGCUUGAGGAGACUAAUCACCGACUAAAUGAAGAAGAAAGGAAAUUGAAGGAACAGAUAUUGUCAGUUCAGAAUGAACUUGAAACAAGAUUAGUACGGAUACGAGAACUGGAAGACAUAAAUCAACGACUUAAUCAACAGGUUUGCGAAAUCCAGGAAGACAAGAUGAACGUAGAAAUGAAAUACGAAGAGGAGCAGAAAGAGAAAGCGUCCUUCAUGUCGGUACAGGAAAACACAAUUGCUGAACUGAGGAAAGAAGUCGAAAAACUAUUGGAACUCAAUUCUGUCGUACAAAAAUCGAUGUCAGAGAAGGGAAACAAUUUGCAACUUGAUUCCAAUGGGGUGACAAACUCUAACGAGCACAAUUCAAGUCAGUUUAUGAGAGAUACAAAAUCUCUGCUAAAUGGGGAGAGCUCUGAAUGUUCUCCGCACAGAGAUACAGAACUUCAAAAAGCAUUGAUCGAGGUUGUCUCUCUCAGGGAAACAAAUAAAUCUCUGGAUCGUCAGUUAACCUCCCUUCAACAAACUCAUUUGAUCGUACUAGACGAAAAGAAGCAAGCGGACGAAAAAUGUGAAAGUCUUUGCAAUGAACUAUCCCGUCUCAUCAUUGAAAAAGAAGAGACAAAUGAUCGUUUGGCACUGAAAAAUGAGAUCAACCUACUACAGCAGGCGAAAGCCGAUCUGGAGGAGGAAACUAACACUUUGAAGAAUCAAAUCAGCGCGUUGGAAAUGAGCAUCGCCGACAUUGGUGAACAGAAAUCUAAGCUUUUGUCGAAGAUGCAAACGCUUGAAAAUGAAAUGGAAGAGUCGUCCAACAUUCGCGAGCAUCUAGACCGUGAAGUCCGCGCUCUAAAAUCCGAUCUCGGCAACCUGGAGCAACAGUUGAAUGAGAACAAUGAAAAGAUAGAGCGAUAUCAGAAACAGAACAGUGAAUAUCUGCAGGAACUCGACCGCAAGACGGAUGAAAUAGAACGUGGCUGUCAAAAGCAGAAAGACUUGCAAAACUCGAUCGUUCAAUUGGAGCAGAAAUUGGCUGAGAUCGCUGCUGCAAGUAGAAUGGAGAACGAAUGGAUGGAAAAGUUACGAGCAGCGGAGACCUGUAAACAGGUUCAAACGGUGGCUUUAGAUAAGUUGGAAGCGGAGAAAAUCGCGUUGCAAGGCCAGAUUGAGGAGGCUUUGACCGAACGUAACUUUUUGAAGCAGAAAUUAGUGGACAAAGAUGCACUUUUCGAGGAGGCUGAUCAAAAGAUAGCUUCGUUGGAAAAUCAAGUGGCUGAUUUAACGAAGAAGAUAGCACAAGCGGAAUCCAAUCUAAUUGCAAUGAAACAGCUUAAGGAAGAUUUGAACGAAUUGGAGAAAGCUAAACUGAUUUUCCAUGAUCAGAUUCAGCAAGUAUCCGCGGAAAGGAAUUUGCUGAAGGAGCAAAUGGCGUCAAGAGAUGAACAAAUAGAACAAGCAAAUCGUCAAAUAACUUCGCUCGAAAAUCAAGUUGCUGAUUUGAAGCUAGAAACUGAGCAGAUGGAACUCAAUCAAAUGGAAACCAACAAGCUGAAAGACAAUUUGGAACAGGAACUUAAUAUUCUAAAAUCGUUACUCCUGGAAAAGCAGAAAGAUUGCUCUGAAAACACGAUCGCGGUAACCGACCUAAAGAAAAUUGUCGCGGAGCUUGAAAGCACCGUAGAAAAUCUUCGGCAACAGCUAUGUGAAAAAGAGUCAGAUUUUGCUUCAAAACAGACAGAUGAUUCUAAUCAGGUUGUGGCUUUGCGAAAACAAAUUGUUGAACUUACUGAACAGUUGGAAAAUAUUAACAAGGAGCAUCAAAACGAUCUUGCGACUGAGAAAAGUUAUUCCAAUAAAUUGCAACAGUAUAUCCAGGAAAUGGAACGGGUUAAACUAUCUUUGCAAGGGGAAAAGAAUAUUCUGGAAGGAAAUUAUUCAGAUCUUCAGAAAACUCACUCUAACCUUGUCGAGAAGACUCAACAGCUGGAACAGUCAAACAUUGAACUAGAUGCACAGCUUGUCAAUCUGAACGCUGAAUUGACCAUUCGCGAGGAAAAGCUGAAGAAUGUGACCCGAGAAUUGGCUACCAGACUAACCGAACUCGAUAAACUACAAUUGAACCAUUCUCAAAAAAUAGAAGAAAUGAAUGGUGCCGUUACAAAAAGCACUCAUCUUAACUACGAAAUGGGCCAACAAAUUAAGGCACUUGAACAGGAUAAGGUUCAACUACAAGAUCAACUCAAAAAGGAGAUGGACAAUUUUAAAAAACUUUCAGAAACUGAGGUACCCUCCCUGAGAUCGUUAAUCAAACAGCUGGAGGACCACCAGCAGGAGCUAAACACAAAACUAGUAACCAACAGUGAAGAACUUUCCAGAAAAUCUUUCGAACUGAAACAGACAACGGAUCUCUACGCCCAGGAGAAGACCAAAAACGCACAGUUAACGCAGCAGAUGGAGGAAGCAAAGCUUAUGCCGGCGUUACAAUCCGACGGUCGACCUUCCCAGGGAGACGGCAGAGUUGUCCAAGCGCUGCGAAAGGAGAAUGACGAUCUGCUGAAGCAGUUGAAUGGACUGCAGAAGACGCACCACAUUAAAACCAACCAGCUUCAAGAGAGAAUCGAUGAGCUCAGGGAAGAGAUUUCAACAAUGCGGCACGACUCGAGUUUCCAAGAAAAAGAAAUCCAAAUCGUGGCCCUCGAGGUAAAGAUCAAUCACUACGAGCAGGUGUAUGAAGAAACAAAAAACAAACAUCGAUCUCUUCAGCGACAGAAUGAUGAACUGCGCGUCAAACAUCAGAAUCUGGUAAUGGAGAUGGAUGAUCUACGUAGACUGGCGGACAGGGAUCGACGAUCUCGACGACAAAGCACGCAUGACGAUCGUCGUGGUAUGUGCUUCAACUCGAAAGAUGCGAUGACGAUGACGGAUCCAACUUCGAUCGAUUGCAGCUGUCUUACAAUGGAUGCCCAAAUCAAGGAUCUGCGAAAGCAGCUAACCAUCAAAGAAUGCCAGCUGAACACAACGAAAAUGAUGGCUGCUGCCAAUCCCUUGAAAAAUGACGUUGUCGAGCUGCGUCGGUUAGUGAAAGAUCGUGAGAGUGACAUUUUCAAACUUCAGGAUGAAAACCGAACGCUUUCGGUUGCCUUGGAUCGAGAACGAAGACAUAUAGACAAACAGUGCAGUAACUGUGUGCGAUUACAGCGUAUGCGCUCACUGCGAAGCGAUAAAGCAGUUAACACUGAUCCCUUUGAAAAUCCACAGUCUUCUCCAGUUCAAUCCAAACAGUUGGAAGAGACUCAGGAAGAGCUUAGGAAGCUGAACAGCAAAUACCAGGACAUGAAAAGGUUAUGCAGAAUCCGAAACGAAAAAAUUGUUAGCUUGAGCCAAGAUAUCGCGGAGAAAGAAAAUGAAAGCAGCGUUGCAAACCGCAGCGUUCAACAGGAAGUUUCUUUGCUAAAGCGGCAACUGAAGGAGAGCGAAGACAAAUACUCACAGGUUCUGAAGACGUACCAAACCAUGUAUUGUGUCUCUAAGGCGGAAAAAACUGUGCAGACUGAUCCUGUUAAAAGCGAUGAGGUUGAAAUGAUUCGUUCAAAGUACGAAAAAUAUAAAAAUAUGGCAAUCGCUCUAGUAGAGCAAAAUGAGGAGCUAAAACGGAAGGCAGUGUCUACAUAACAUGCAUUUUUUCAUUAUUGUGACUCUAGUCUGUCAUAUUUUUGAAAAAAACGACUGAUAAAAUGUGAAUAUGUAAAUAUUUAUCAAGAAGUGUCAUCUUGUACUUUCAAAUGUGAUAUUUUACGAAUCAAGUCAUUUAAUGUCGUAUUAACCCAUAAUGUUGUCAAGCUAUGUCGUAGUUUUGUGCAAACUAGUACAUAGUCUCGAUAUCGUAAACUGGUUCUGAUAUCGUGAAUUUCCAAAAGGGCAUUUAAAACCCCAGAGUAGGAUAUAGAGGUACACACUUAUUACUAUUAAAGUCGUAAGUUAUAUAAUAUUAGAUAAUAAUAAUAA